AUGAAGUGCAUAAUUGAAGCAAACGGUUUGAAAGUUUUUGGAAAGGCUAUUCAUGCUCUGUCUCGGAUUGGUGAUGAAAUUUGGCUGGAUCCACUGGAAAAAGGGUUGGCUGUUAGGUCGGUGAACACAGCCCAUUCGGGAUAUGCCUGCUUCCUUUUCUCGCCUAUGUUUUUUCAACACUAUACCCCAAACCUAGACCAACGACAGGACAAUAAAACUGCAAAAUGCAAACUGUCCUUGAAGUCGGUGCUGCCCCUAUUCCGGAGUGUUGCUACCAUAGACCGCAGUGUGUGCAGGUGUGAUAUAUCCAUCAACAUCCAGGAAAAAAGGAUCAUAUUCCAGUUUAACUGCAGACAUGGAAUAACAAAGACACAUAACUUGGGGUACCAAGAAUGUGAAGCACUACAAGCAGUUUUUCCAGCUCACCUAUGCCCGAAUAUUCUAAAGGCACAGCCAAAACUUCUCUGUGAUAUUGUCAUGCACUUUCCAGUCUCACAAGAGGAAAUCACGCUGUCCAUAUCACCUAUAAGAGUGAAGUUAAAGAAUUACUAUGAAGAGGAAAAUGGUCAGAACAUGUCCACAGAGAUGUCUCUACAUCCUGAUGAGUUUGAAUAUUUCCAGGUUGGAGUAGACUCAGACGUAACCUUUUGUCUCAAAGAACUGAGGGGUUUGUUGGCAUUUGCUGAAUCCCAUGCUCUACCAGUGUCUGUCCAUUUUGGUGCAUCUGGAAAGCCUAUGUCUUUCAGUGUGGAGGAUAUGCUGCUGGAGGCUAUAGUGGUUUUGGCCACUCUGGUAGAUCCUGUCAGUCCAUCUGAAGUUUCUUUUGCUCAGGAGGCCCCAGCUGACACCUCCAUAGCUGACCCUGUACAUGAGGAUCCUAAAGUGGCACAGGCCACCGGUUUGGCACCCAACCAUGCAGGUUUCCAUGCUUGGCAGCAAGUGGCCUCCAGCCAGGGCAGUCCAGUCUUCAGCCCAGCCUUUCACAUGAAGAAGGUCAUGCAGCUCCAAGGCCAUGGAGUGAACCCUUCAACACCUAAAACUUCUCUGUGUGGUAGACGUUGUGGGUCUGCCUUGAUCACGCCAGUAACACCAACUGCCUUCAAGAUCCAUUCACUACUGUUUGGGGCUGUAUCAAGUGGGGAUGGUGACGCAUUAGAACUGCCCUGUCUGGUGUGUGCCAGUGACACUGAGGAUGAUGCAAGGGAUGAAGGUGGCAGAGUGGAAGUAUAAUGCAGGUAACAUACCCCAAAGGACACAUUAAGAACAUGUAUAAAGGUGCUAGGGGAUUUGUAGACUACAGCAGGGCACUGAUUUGUUAAUUGCAUAUUUCUACUUUAGUGAACUUUCAAAUUUCUAAGAUGUCUGAUGUAGAAAUAU